AUUGGCUAAUCUGUGUAAAGACAGAAGAAAAAAAAAACUGUGCAAACUAGUAAAUAAAUACCUCUUUGAUAAAUACCUAGAUACGAGUCCGACAAACAAAUAUCAAUAGGCCUUUGGGUUUUACAAGUUUUUUAGAUAAAAUCUGAACUAAUGGUUAAAAGUUUUUACUGAAAACCCGCUUUAAAAGUUAUCUAAGGUCAAUAAAGUAGUCCUACUCAUGGAUAGGUUUUUCCUUAUUCGCUUAUCCAUUUGAUUGUGGCGUAGGUAUUCGAAAUAGUGCAAUAUUUUAUUAACAUGUACAAAAACGUUGAACUUCGGAAGCUCCCUGCAGAUGCACUGUGCAAAGUUGUUAAUAUCUUAGAGAUUAACAAUGAUUGGAAGAAAGUAAUGUCUAUUAUACCAAAAAACCUACAUAGUGAAGAUUUUGAACCGAAAUACAAUAAUGAGCAAGUGCGAAUGAUAGAGGAGCAUGCAAAAUCAACCAAUCAAAAAUGCUCGGAGAUAUUAAUGGAUGAGUGGGGCACAUCAGGCCGGGUACGACCCACACUUGGCAUUUUGAAGGAAAUUUUAGUUAAAGCUCAAAUAUUUAGAGCUGCUGAUGAAAUUGCCAGGAUUUUAAAUGAAUCUUUACCAGUGCGUCCAGAUUAUGGGCCAGGUAAACCUGUUUCUUUGAAUGUGACAGAAAUUCUAAAUGAUGUUAGUGCAGAACAAAGACUUAAUGACAUGACCACAGCUGUGAAAUCAAACUCAAACCCACUGUGUAACGGAUCUACGAGACAGAUGAAAUCUGCUAGUGAUAUGAUAAAAUUCUCCCAUUCAUCCACUUAUAAAAUGCCACCAGAAACUGUACACCAAUCCUUUGGCAACAAAACAACAGCUCAAAUGAAAUCAGCAGAUGAUCUUAUAGUAUUUUCGAAAGUUCAACCAGCUGAAGAAUCUAUGAAUUUACCAGACUUGAGUGCUAUGCUUGCAAAUGCUAGAAGUACUCAUCAACAAUCAACUACCCCGACUAUAGAUUCAACAGACUCUAGGACUUUGAAAUCAAUCAGCACACAAAGCAAUGCAAACAUUGGUAUGCAUUAUCCUGAAACCUAUCAGACCUCUUUUCCAAAUAUUAAUAUUUCUACAGGAAUAGACAGUGCAAUACUUCAAGAUACUAAUUUGAUUCAUUUUGACUAUGGAACACUAGAUGAUAUUACAGGAAACUUCUCAGAAUCACUAAUUGUGGAUCCAAAAUGUGGUCUAAAAGGCAGAAUAGGGAGUGGAGGUUUUGGAGAUGUUUUUGUAGGCAAAGAUUCUACAUAUGGAAUGCUUGCUGUUAAAAAAGCCCACAGCCACUUAGCAAUACACCGUAGACCUGAAAUAGCAAUGCGAAUAUUUAACGCAGAAGUUAAAUAUCUCUCUCAGUUCAGACAUAAUAAUAUUGUACCAAUAUGGGGUUUUUCUAUGAAUGGACCAGUUCCCUGCAUUGUUUGUGAAUAUAUUGAUGGAGGUUCUCUUCAGCAGAACAUUGAAGCCAAACAUAUUUCAGAUGAAAUUCAAAGAAUUAAUAUAAUGAUAGGGACAGCUGAAGGCUUGAAAUAUUUACAUACUAGUGACAAACCUUUACAAAAUAAAGGAGGCAAUACUAUUUUAAAUGGAGUUGGCGAAUCAGAUUCGCAAAACUCUACAAAACAUUUUGUCCAUGGUGAUGUUAAAACUGCUAAUAUAUUAUUGACAAGAGAUUGUGUUCCGAAGCUAUGUGACUUUGGAUUGGCAAAACAAUACGACUCCACAUUUGUCACUACAUACCCCAUGGGGACCUCAGCAUACAUGGCACCGGAGGGCUUGCAUGGCACUAUUACACAAAAAAUUGAUAUAUUCAGUUUUGGUAUAGUUCUUCUAGAAUUACUGACAGGUUUAAAACCUAUUGUCGAAAACAACGGGGAAAAUCUUAAUAUAAAGCAUUAUGUCGAAGAGAAUUCCGUGAACAACGACAUUACUCCUUUACUGGAUCGUUCUGUUAAUAUUUGGGUAAAAGCUGACGAUGUUUACAACUUGGCCAGAAUGUGUUUAGAGCACAACAGAAAAAGUCGACCUACUAUUGUUGAAGUUUGUGAUAUUUUGAAUAAAAUGAAAAAUGAGUAACAUUAUAUUGUUGAAAUAUAAAAUUAUGAAUUCUAGAUAUUCAACAAAAUUAUAACCAAAUUAGUAAUGUAAAAUCAUGAAAGGAUUUGGUAAAGAAAAGUGCUGUGAAUUUGAAACUUUUUAUGCAAGGCUUACACUGAGACUAAUUACUGAUAAUAUUAUGGCUUAUAAAUAUGUUAAAUACAAAUAAAUAUAUAUUUUUUCUACA